CUCUGGCUGGUUUUGUUAUAACUGUUGCCAUGUGUUUCAGUUCAGGAUGGAUAUUUUCAUAAAGUCAAAGAAUGAGUGGCGGUCGGUAUCUUUAGAUAUCAGUUGACAUCAGAGCGCGUUAGCAUCUACUUCAAGACAAAAAGCAAGCAGAGUCUAGCUAGCUGAACAUGGCAGAAGAACAAGGAUAUAAUGGCUUAGAAGAAGGGAGCCCAUUGCAAUUGGUGAACCCCACUGUUCCCACUAUUCAGAAUAUUGUGUCCACAGUGAACUUGGAUUGUGCCUUGGAUCUUAAGAAGAUUGCACAACAAGCUCGCAAUGCUGAAUACAAUCCCAAGCGUUUUUCUGCUGUCAUCAUGAGGAUAAGGGAACCAAAAACAACAGCUUUGAUAUUUGCUUCUGGAAAGAUGGUCUGCACAGGUGCUAAAAAUGAACAACAGUCAAAACUUGCAGCAAGAAAGUAUGCUAGAAUUAUCCAAAAGCUUGGAUUUCCAGCUGCCAAAUUUAAGGACUUCAGAAUUCAGAAUAUUGUUGCCUCCUGUGAUGUUAAGUACACUCUCGGACUUGAACUUCUAGCGUUCGAACUACGCCCCUUUUCAACUUAUGAGCCAGAAAUAUUUCCUGGCUUAAUAUAUCGCAUGAAGCAGCCAAACAUUGUUUUCCUCAUAUUUGUGUCUGGAAAAAUUGUGCUUACUGGAGCCAAGGCAAGAGAGGAGAUAUACACAGCUUAUGAGAAGAUGCAUCCUGUUCUUGCAAGGUUUAGGAAAAUUCUGAAAUGAUAUACUUCAAAAUGGGGGAUUUGGUAUAUAAUUAUAUAUUUGGAUCAAGCUUUGUUCUCUGCUUUUGGAGUAUAUGGAACAAGACAUGGUCACUUUCAUAUUUUAGCUAAGAAAAUUCCAGGACUUCCUUAUUGUGUUUGUGCUACUUUCUUAAAUCUUAGAUAAAAUUAAAUGGAAGAUCUUCUACUAUUUGAUACUUUGUAGUUUGUAUGUGUGGCCUUGGAACAAAGAAUCAUAAGUUUCAAUGUAAUCCUCAAACUUGAUUAAUGAUUAGUGUAAUACAUAGAUUGACACCUACAACUUUUAAGCGGUUAUGUUAUUAUUGAAUAACUACUAAUGUUUACCC